AUGACGACUUUUAGCCUGGACAACCAGAAUCCAAGCGACGCACAAGAGAAACAAGCUAUUUCCCCACCGCAAGCGCAAGGGCAAGCUGCAAACGCACCCGUUCAAACAGCAUGCAAUUCUCAACCAGACAAUUCUGGCCACCUACAAGACCAUCAUAUACUCAUCAAUUUGGGUCAGGUCUCCGAAGUUCCUGCCUAUUCUAUCAAUUACGAGGGAUACCAAUUCUUCAAGGCAGAUCCGAUCCCUGGGCAAAAGGCAACAUGGACCAGGGUCGAGCGUACAAGAAUGCAUCUCGAUCAGACCGAGUUCUACAAGAUGGUCCAGAAAAGAGCCAAUAAAAUCUCGGCAGCCCAGCAAUAUCAGAACUUAUCCGCUACUCGCCGUGCUCAUGUCAGCCAGUUAAUCAAGGAGCAAAAGAAACUGGAUCCCUCGGUGGAAUGGAGCUGUGUCUAUGCAAAGGAGCGCGACAGGGCCUCCAAGGCACGCAACGCCCAUCGUGCCGAUUAUGAGACUGUCUCGAUGGAUAUCAUUUUGAUGAAGAGGCCUUUGAACAAUAAGCCUUAUCCAAGGACCCCUAUGGGAGACCUGGUUGACCUCGCUCAUCGCCAGAAUGACAACGAUGUGCGACACGUCACGCCGGUGCAUCCUGAGAUGACGGCUACCUCUGUCUACUCAGCGGUGCCAACUACAAUGUGGAUCUCCAAGGACAUAUCUGCGAAUUCAGAUCCUACGAAUGCGUCUGCUGGUGUCGUACAGGGGCCGCAGCCUCGUUCGGUAUCAGUGACGAGUCCAUUCACUCGACUUGAGUUGGGUCAAGCCACGCCCGUGCCUAGUGAGCAGCAGCAGUAUAGACCAAUCCAGAGACAGACAACGACUGAUAAUAAUCGGGACCAGAACGUCGACGACUCCGAUGGGGCGAGCUCCUCUUCAGAGAGCAGUGAUACCGAGGAUGCUGAAUCCAUGAUUGAGGAUUCAUCCCAGUCCGAUGACAGCUCAGCUACAGAAGAUGCAGAGGCAGACCAUAUGGAAUGCGACUGUCGAGAGCCACCGCAUCGCCAUUUUAGCCCUCGGAACAGGUCCAACAGUCCUAACAAGCAUGACCCAGUCAGUCAUGGGUCUCAGUACCGACAGAAGUCUCGAGGAAGGCACUUUGGCCGAAGAGACAAGCCUCGAUAUCACUAUAUGGAUAUCCUUGCCUCCAAGAAUGGCUUUCAUAACGUCAUGCCUGCCCGCCGGGCUCGAGGCUCCGGUGGAAUUGCUCCCACUACGCCUUCUGAUAUCAAGAUGUGGUAUCGUAUACAACGCAUUGAUGACGAGGAACUUCGACGUCGACUACUUGAGUGUGAAGCUAGGGUUGAGCGGUGGGAACGAGCUUUUGAAUGCCAGAGCAGGCUUUUACAACAGACUAUUCAAGAUUCACAGCAGCAGCAACUGGAGAGAUGUCAGCUUUACUGGAAUCCUCCCCCUAUGCACCACUAUGGUUAUGAUUGUCCCAAGGAUGGUCGCAUGGACGAUUCAGAUUGA